AUGUCUUCCCACAAGCCUUUAAGAAUCAAGUGCUCCCUGGCUAAGAAGCAAAAGCAGAACCAUCCUGUUCCCCAGUGGAUUUGGAUAAAAACUGGUAAUAAAAUCAGGUACAACUCCAAGAGGAGACACUGGAGAGGAACAAAGCUGGGUCUAUAAG